AAAAGAAGAAAACAAAAAAUAAAAAACAAAAUUAGCUAGAUAAACCAACCAAAUUGAUUCCGACUUUUUAUCAUCCAUUACUGUUCCGGAUUAUUUUAGGACAUUUCUCAAUUCUCAUCGGCGAAUUUGCUUUGAAGAAGAGAAGACCGACUUCUUCGUCUUCCUUACAACUUACGAAUCGCGACCAACUCCACCAGCUCCAAUUGUCUACCGCUUCUUCUUCAACACCCUUCUAUCUGCUGCCGGAAAACAUGGGGAUUCAUCUGAAUUUCAACACAGAUAGCUGAAGAAACCGCGGACAUAGCUCUUGACUACAAUCCUAGCAACAACAAAGGAUGAAACUGGGAAAGCAACAAGAACAUCAGCGUUCAACAACAUCAAUAAGAAGUAAGGCGGCCCAUUUUGUGUCUGAUCUUACCACCGUUCUUCUUAAUCCAAUAUCUGAUAAACCCUCAUCGAAUUCCUCUCCUCGUUCUGGCGAUUUGAGUAAUGAACCAAGGAGAAACACACAACAAUGUAAUCAAGAAGAAGAUGUUCCAGUCUUGGUUGAUGGGCCAGAUACUUCCUCCUUCACCGCAUUUCUCUACUCAUUCUUAUCACCAGGAAGAUCAGAAAACGAGUCUGAGUAUUCAGAAUGGAACGACAACCAAGUGGUAACUAGCUACAGAAAUGACACAUCAUCCCCAAACGUUUCAAAAGAAAACAAUGGAAAGAAAGGUCUAUUCUCUAAGGGCAAACAGUCACUCGGCAAGGCUCUUUCACAAGCUGCUAGGUUUAGUGGGUAUCGAUCUCAUGCAUCUGGGAAAGUAAACACUGAAUCAAAGAUUGAUGACAUGAAAGAAACAAGCUCUCAAUUUGACACCAAUGAUGGGGUUCCUGUACAAAAUGUGAUUGCAUCUUUUCCUUCUGAUAAACUUCCAAAAAUGUCAGAACCUUCACAACUUAUGACAGAAAAUACACGUUCUGAUCUUUAUGUUGCACUCCCUGUUCUCAGUCAAGGAAAGAAAUGGGUCUUACUAUACAGUACAUGGAGGCAUGGCAUAUCUCUUUCAACCUUAUAUAGAAGAAGCAAUCUUUGCCCAGGGUUAAGUCUGCUGGUUGUUGGAGAUCGUAAAGGUGCAGUGUUUGGUGGUUUAGUUGAGGCACCUUUGAAACCAUCAACAAAGAAAAGAUACCAGGGAUCGAAUGAUACAUUUGUGUUUACAAAUACACCAGGGCGUCCUGUUAUAUAUCGUCCCACAGGGGUGAAUCGGUAUUUUACUCUUUGUUCAACUGAGUAUUUAGCGCUUGGUGGGGGAAAUCAUUUUGCAUUGUAUCUUGAUAGUGACUUAUUGAAUGGGUCAAGUUUGGCCUCAGAAACUUAUGGUAACUCUUGUUUGUCACACACCCAAGAAUUUGAAGUGAAGGAAAUUGAGCUGUGGGGGUUUGUAUAUGCUUCAGAGUAUGAAGAGGCGAUAUCAAUGUUGAGGACAGAAGCACCUGGGAUAUGUCGAUGGUAGAUUGACGAUUAUGCCCUUCAUCUUGUAUAUAUUUUAAUAUGGGUGUUCCAUUUCCAUUGCUAUGUUUGUUGGGUUUCAACAUAGAUAACCUUUUGGAUUUAUGAUAUACGUAUAAAAGAUUGAUAAAGAGAGGGGUUUGUGUUAACAAGUCAACAGAAAUAUAUUUUCUGAUUUUGUCAAAUCUUUUUAAAGAGCUACUCCUUCCACUUUUCAUCCUUAACAGAUAACACUUUUAUUUUUUUCUUGUUUUCUCUUUCUAAUGGUGUCCCUUUUAACUUUUAUGGAUGACCUAUAUAAAAGCUG